UGAGGAACUAUCUAAAAAGAUGAUUGACCAUCUGAUGGAAAAGAAUGAUGGCUUACUAAAAUAUAUGAAGGAUGUGCGAAAGGAAAUGACUGGCGAGGAUAGAGGAGAUCCUGAAGAAAUAGAAGAGCUUAAAAAUAUUCUCAAAGAAGAUCUGGAUUUCAUCAAGAAUCUCAUAGACCCAAAACAUAAGGCUGAGACGAUCCCAGCUACUGACCAAGCAGCAGAAGAAGCAGGAGGAGCGAGCAAGCAGAGGCCACCCUCAAAUCCUUCAGAAAAGCGCUACAUCCUCUACGAAAUUGUGUCCAACGAGAGGAACAAGAUUGAUGUAGAUAAGUGGGAUUAUUUUGCCAGAGACUGCCAUUACCUGGGUAUGAAGAACAGCUUUGACCAUGAGCGUUUGAUUAAAUCUGCUAGGGCGUGUGAGGUGGAUGGAGAGUGGCAGAUCUGUUACAGAGACAAGGACGUGUUCAAUCUGUAUGACAUGUUCUACACAAGGUUCUCUUUACACAAAAGAGCCUUCCAGCACAAAGUGAAAAACAGCAUAGAGUUGAUGAUCACAGACGCUUUCCUGGAAGCAGAUAAGCACCUGUCCCUGUCUGAAGCUAUAGAUGAUAUGGAAAAGUACACUCAGCUGACAGAUGAUGUAUUUGAAAAGAUACUAAACGACUCUUCAGGCAAACUUGAUGAUGCAAAGGCCAUACUACUGAGAAUACAUCGCAGAGACAUCUACAGCUGUCUGGGAGAAUUAAUCUCUCAGAAAUCCAAAAAAGAACUUCAAGUAAGCAUUUGAGUUGCUGGACAGCUGAUGUGGGUUGUACAUGAUAGUUCAAAUGUUGACAACUCAGCAGGUCUUUGUUUUUCUAAUCCUAGUUUUACUCUUACACAGUAAGGUUGGAUUUGCAGGAAAGUCUAUAAAGAUUAAAGGAAAAUACUGAUACAAUAUAAGUAAGUU